CCGAAAGCCUCUAAGUAAAUACCCAAAUUGGGCUAACAAAUCCCAUCAUGGUUGGCGCAAACGGCGCGCCAUAGACCACGACCUCGAACAUCAAACAACAUCAUAUAGUUCGACCAGCUUCUUGCUCGGCAUCGCUAUUGUCGUCGUUACCUAACUCACUGAGGCUAGGUAGCUCCUGAUAGCCGUUCAAACCACUAGUCAAUCCAAUUCGCUGUCGCCGGUCAGCAACGCUUACGAUGGCUGAAGUAGGUGAACAUCGAGAUGGACCGAAUUGGGGACGAGUACUAAUCGCCGGAGGAGUAGACUGGCUGAAUCUCGGGAAGAAGGAUGUCAAGCCGGCAGCGGGAAAUGAGAAUCUUACGACACCGCAUGCUUUGAGAGCACUUGCCAACGUCAAGGUCACCAAGAUCUUCAGUGGUCCAUCGGCUAUGCACGCGGUGGCAGUUGACGUCCACGGUAAUGCCCACAUGAUCGGACGCAACCUACCGUCUUCCGUACUUGGAAUUUCGUCGGAUACCACUCCAUUCUCCCCCUUCCUACCUCCCUCGUCGUCGACUACUCCUACUCUCCCGGUCGCCGUGAAGAUCCUAGCCCAGUCUCUACCCGGAGCACUUACCGCCAAGACCCUCGCCAGCAAGGCGUCCAAGGCUGGCAGCAGCAAGGAGGAUACCGCCGACCAACCCACUCGGAUUGUGCAAGCCGCUUGCGCUCGUCAUCACACGCUACUCGUAUCGAAUUGCGGGAGAGUCUGGGCUUGUGGAUCGAACCCGGAUGGAAGGCUCGGAGUGGAUGUCAAGGGGAAGGGCGAAGAAGUCGUUGCCGAGUUCGUGAGGGUGUCCGGACCAUGGGAGAAGGACGGAGGCAAGGUCGUACAGGUCUCGGCAGGUCUCACAUUUUCCCUCUUCCUCAUCGACAAUGGCAAGAUCUAUGCUACGGGGUCGCACGAGAACGGCCAAUGUGGGAACGGUGUGACGGGAGCACGAAUCUCGGGACCGGGCAAGACCAGCUUUGACUACGACGACUAUCCGGUACUCAUCCGACCUUUCACCAAGAACAAGAUCGUGGGCAUCGCUUCGGGCAAUCAACACAGCAUGGCAAUGGACGAGGAGGGCAUGGUGUAUACAUGGGGUUUCGCUGGAUAUGGUCGCCUAGGACUCAACGACCAAGUCGACAAGAAAGUUCCUACCAUGGUCCCGCAAUACGCUAGGAACCCAAAUACUCGAGCGAGAGACAUCGUCUGCGGUCCGACUUGCUCGAUCGUGAUCGACAAGCAGGGUAUCUACCAGAUCGCCGGCAAGUGGAAGCUCACGGGAGACGGAUCGAGCGGAAGUCCAUACACCUACUUCAAGUCUGUUCAAGACAUCGUCUCGUGCAAGACCAUCAAAGCGGCCAGCGGCGGGAACGGACACUUCUUGACGAUACCUUCGGAAAGCGGCGGAGUGACGAGCGUCGGAUUUGGACAAAACUGCAUAGGCGAGUUGGGUCUCGGGGACGACGAGCCGAAGAAUUCGACGAGACCGGCAGAGAUCAAACCGUUGCAAGGGGUCGACGUCAUCGACUUGGCGGCUGGAGGUUCGACGACGUAUUGGGUGGUGAAACCCGGCGAGACGGUCGAGGCACUCAAGCGAUGGCCAGAGGAGGUAGACUCGCCGGAUGAGUGCAUGGUCUGCGGCAAGGAUACGGACGACGAUCUCAUCGAGUGCGAAAAGUGCGAGACGCCCUGUCACCUGAAAUGCAACGAUCCGCCUCUCGAUGCGGUACCCGAAGGGGAGUGGCUGUGCUCUACGUGCGCUGCUCAACAGGAAGAUCCAUCUUACCAGCCCAUUCCCAGCAAGACCGCGGCGGCAGCCAGUCCGGCCAAAGCUGGGUCUAAACGAAAGGCUCCUGUUGAACCGGUCGUCGCGAAGAAAGCUCCGGCCAAGAAAAGAAAGUAGGACAUUGAGCCGGGCCGUUCUCAGACGGGAUCUGAGUUUGUAUCCUACAUCAUACGUUAUAAUGAAUAAAGACAUUCGCGCUCGAUGCUUUAAAGAUGAUACGGAUGCCUUUCGGGC